AUGUACAUACACACACAGAAAACAUGUACACAAACACACAGAGACACAUGUACACAUAAAGACACAUGUAUACAUACACAUACAUGUACAUACACACACACACACAUGUACAUGCAUACACAGACACACACAAACACACACGCACACACACAGCCCUAUAAAAAGUUGCAGUACUUUGUUGUUCACUCACAGAGCUGGGUACUGCACUCUAGGGGGAGGCAGAGAGCACAGCACACACUCCUUUCUUUGCUUUCAUUGAGCUCAGCUAUUGAGCAGUCUGACGGCUCCCAGUGCGAGUGACAGAUUCGGCUCUGAAUUCUGAACCUGCUCUGCAAGAUGUCCAUGGGGACAUGCUCACCCCACCAUAAUUUCCACUCGCCAUUGGCGAGCAGGCAAUUGGAAAUUUCAAGGCCUGUUCUAA